AUGGACACGGCGCGGCGCUCGCCGGUCUGCCUCGACCUCAUGGUCGGCCUUCCCAUGGUCCGCGAGCCGUCUCCGGCGAGGUGCGCCGGAAUGAGAGCCGAAGCUCACAUUUCUAGCUCGGCCUGUGGCAGAGCAGCUUCCACCACCAUGACCAACGGCGAGGCCAGGAUCCUGGAGGCCAAGUUCACGGAGGUGAGCGAGGAGAACAGAAGGCUCACCGAGAUGAUCGGCUACCUGUACGCUAAUAACCAGAAUUUCGGGCGACAGAGCCCCGAAGGCGAGGGCGAGCAGCCCGCGAGUACUGCCGCGUCGCCGACAUCGCCGGUGGGCAAGAAAAGGGGCAGGGAGAGCCCGGACACGUCGGAUUCCGGCGAUGCCAACAGCGACAAGAAGAUAAACAUGGUCGAGGCCGAUCAUGUCGACGUCGAGAGCCCGCUGAGCAACGGCACUUGCCGGAGAAUCAAGGUUAAGAAGGUCUGCACCCGGAUCGACCCAUCGGACACGAGCCUUGUGGUGAAAGAUGGGUAUCAAUGGCGGAAGUACGGGCAGAAGGUCACACGAGACAACCCGUCCCCCAGAGCCUACUUCCGAUGCGCCUUCGCACCGUCCUGCCCUGUCAAGAAGAAGGUGCAGAGAAGCGCGGAGGACAGCUCUGUGGUGGAGGCGACGUACGAGGGCGAACACAACCACCCGCGCCCCACGCGGGACGGCGAGCUGCCGAGCUGCGCAACGCAGGGCGGCGGCUCGGUGCCAUGCUCCAUCUCCAUCAACUCCUCCGGCCCGACCAUCACGCUGGACCUCACCAAGAACGGGGGAGGCGUGCAGGUCGUCGAGGCAGGGGAGGCGCAACCGGACCUGAAGAAGGUGUGCCGGGAGGUCGCGUCGCCGGAGUUCCGGGCGGCUCUGGUGGAGCAGAUGGCCCGCGAGCUCACCGGCGACCGGAAGUUCACGGACGCGCUCGCCGCCGCGAUCCUGCGGAAGCUGCCGGAUUAUUAG